GAGCUAGGUAGUCCGAUUCUGGUACACAAGCAGCACGAUCGAUAUCUGACGGAGCAAUACAGUUAAGUGUCAAUCUACCAUAGGUUCAUACGUACCCGGCACAUCUUAGCAACAACACUGUUACAGUCAUUCAUCGACAAAUCCUAUAUAUUCUGUUACCAUGGACGCCAUUUAACACAGUUCGAAAAGUGACUUCAGGUAAAAGACAACAUGGGAAUGUUAAUGCAGUUUGGUUUAUUACUAUGGAAGAAUUUCACCGUGUCCCGGAGGAGGACCUGUGCCACAGUGUUCGAGAUCGCUCUGCCAGUGACAUUUGCACUUCUUAUGCUAGUUAUACGCUUCCUUACCAGCACCACAAACCACACCACGUCGUCCACUUGGGACCCAUUCUCAGUAAGUGAUGUGGGUCUGGCUGUACCAACUUCGGCGAGAACAAAGAUCUACUACUCUCCAACCUCUACAGCUGUUGAUGACGUCAUGAACAACAAAGUGUCCACGGCGUUAAGUGGCAAUGCUACAGUUACCGGCUUCGCCUCCUCUACACUGUUAAGAAAUGCGUAUGAUCUGAACUCUGCGUCGGUGUGGGCGGCGGUCGAGUUCGACGAGUCGGCCGACUACUCGUCCAGCCUCCCCAGUCUUGUGACAUACUCCCUGCGAGUGGCUCUCUAUGAGAAAGCAGACGACAAAAAAUGGUACACAGAUCGUUCUUAUCAAUUUUUCCAAGCACCGGGUUAUAGAAACAACUUCUCAACGGCAGGGGAACCAUAUUACUACGAGACAGGAUUUCUGGCACUACAGUAUGCUAUUGACAAAGCUAUAAUAGAUAACAAAUUCCCAUCCAAUACCCUCGGCACUACAUACACAAUUCAGCUCAAGAAAAUGGCAUACCCGACAUUUGUGGAGGACGAUCUUACAGCGACUCUCACCACUGUUCUGCCACUCUUUCUCAUGCUGUCGUUCAUCGUCACUGUUUUCACGUCAACUAAAAACAUCGUCCUCGAAAAAGAAACCAAACUCAAGGAGUCGAUGAAGUUGAUGGGGAUGAGUCCCACGAUGUACUGGUUGUCUUGGUUCGUCAAGCUCUUCAUCUACCUGUUUGUUAUUUGUUUCUUGUUCGCGCUGCUGUUCGGGAUCAAGGCAGGCAACAAUGGCAGUGUCUUACAGUCGUCUCAGCCAUCACUCGUAUUUGUAUUCCUUCUCCUCUUUGGCAUCUCAAUCAUCGCCUUUUGCUUUAUGAUGGCAACACUAUUCAAGAAAGCCACAUCUGCGGCGUUCGCGGCAGGAAUCAUUUAUUACCUGUUCUACACGCCCCAGUUCUUCCUAAGUCGGUCCUACGAUACAUUGGGAAAGGGAGAGAAGGUAGCCAUCUCCCUGCUCAACCUCAUGGCGAUGUCAUUCGGGGUUACCACCCUUACUCUGUAUGAAGGCACAGGUGCUGGCGCUCAGUGGUCGAACUUCUACGAGCCUGCAACAGUUGAUGAUAACUACUCCCUUGGGGACGCCAUGGGCAUGCUUUUGCUGGAUAGCAUCAUCUACUUUCUGGUGGCUUGGUAUAUGGAGAAUAUUCGUCCCGGCGAUUUCGGAAUCCCCAAACCAUUUUACUUUCCUUUCACGAAGAGCUACUGGUGCGGUGUCCGGACGGAGGCUGAAAUGCUACAGGUCACUGUAGACCACAAAGACCAGGAAAAGUUCGAACCAGACCCCGCAGACCUGCAUGCUGGUAUAAACAUCAGCCAUCUACGUAAGGAAUUUGGCAGCGGCAAGGAUAAGAAGGUGGCAGUAGCCGAUACAUCUCUGAACAUGUACGAGAAUCAGAUAACAGUGUUACUGGGCCACAACGGGGCGGGCAAGACUACCACCAUGUCUAUGAUCACAGGUUUUAUACCACCUACCAGUGGAACAGCCAUCAUUAAUGGCAGCGACAUCCGAAAAGACAUAGAGGGUGUCCGACAGAGUCUUGGACUUUGCCCACAACACAAUAUCCUGUACGACAACAUGACUGUCGAGGAACACUUGUGGUUCUUUGCCAAGUUGAAGGGAUGUCCAUCGGAACAAGUCAAAAAGGAGAUCGAUGACAUUAUAAAGGUGAUGGGAAUAGAAGCAAAAAGACAUAGACUCUCAUCAACACUUUCUGGGGGACAGAAGAGGAAACUCUCUGUUGGCAUUGCACUGAUCGGCAACUCAAAGGUGGUUGUACUUGACGAACCAACUUCGGGAAUGGAUCCGGCCGCUCGCAGGGAGACAUGGGAAAUUCUCCGUCAAUACAAAGAAGGUCGAACAAUUCUACUGUCGACGCACUUCAUGGACGAAGCAGAUCUUCUUGGUGACCGAAUCGCUAUCAUGUCUGAUGGAGUCAUCAAAUGUUGUGGAACCUCUUUGUUCCUUAAAAAAGCUUACGGAGCCGGCUACCAUUUGGUCACCGUAAAGACAAAAAACUGUGAUGUAUCCAAGGUGACAAGUCUCAUUCAAAGCCACAUCCCACGGGCUUACGUUGAAAGUGAUAUCAGUGCGGAGUUGUCGUUCCUGUUACCGUUUGAUGAGUCCGCCAAAUUCGUGAAAUUGUUCGAGGAAUUGGAGGCUAAAUUGUCAUCAAUAGGACUUAGUAGCUUUGGUAUCACAGCUACUACGAUGGAGGAGGUGUUCCUCUCGGUUGGCGAGGGGACGAGUAAUGAAGACGACGAUGAGGAAGACAAUUCUACUGAUAAGACUGGACUUCUUAAACAGAAUGGUAUUAGGCCUGGUGUCAUCAACAACGCAUUUCUUAUUGAUGAAAAGGCCAACGGGAAUCCGACUGGAACUGUGGACCAAACCGUAGAUCCUGGAACGUCUACAGGUUCGCCUGGAUUAAAGAAGAACUCUGGCAUAAAAUGGGCUACCCAGCAAUUCUACGGUAUGUUUGUAAAGAAGGCAAUUCACAGCUGGAGGAACAGAAUCGUGUCUAUAGUACAGCUAUCCCUGCCUAUUGUGUUUGUUAUCCUAGCGUUGACAGUAGACCAAACCGCUCCCACUAACGACGAUGAACCGGCUUUGACACUGAGUCUUACCCAGUUUGGGACAAGUGCGGUGGCAAUUUACACGGAUGGGACAUCACCAACCACGGCUUCAACCAGGAUUGCCAACCUCUAUAGUAAUUUCUUGUCUAACUUCCAGAGAGAGGAUGUUGGGACCACGUCCUUCGACACGUACGCGGUAGACAAGGCAAACGCUAUAGGCGUGGAUACGUUCAGUAACAAAUAUAUUAUUGGCGGCGAUUUUGACCAGUCAAACACCUUCACAGCUUACUUCAACGGCGAGCCCUAUCACUCACCCGCCAUCGCCUUGAAUGCUAUGACUAAUACAAUGCUCCAAGAAUUCGGUACUGGUCACUAUAUAACUGCCAUCAACCAUCCCUUACCGCUGACACUUGCUGAAAAGAAUGAGAGUGUGGUCGUAACUGCCCUGGCAACAGGCUUCGUAGUAGCAUUUCUUGUGCUUUUCGGAAUGGCCUUCUUGUCUACCAGUUUCAUACUUUUCCUCAUUAAGGAGCGUUCCACGGGUGCAAAGCAUCUACAGAAGGUGAGCGGCGUUGGGUCUCUCACCUACUGGCUGUCAAACUACUGCUGGGAUAUCAUUAACUACCUAAUUCCUGUUCUGUUCAUCCUAGUGGUUUUUGCGGCAUUCCAGACUCCUGCCUACGUCAACGACAAUCGCCUAGGAAUGGUUUUCCUGUUGUUCUUCAUAUAUGGGCUAUGCUGUUUGCCAUUUGUAUAUCUGCUUCAUUUCCCGUUCAAUGUUCCCUCCACAGGAAUGGCCACUGUCACCCUCGUGAACAUAUUAUCAGGUUUGGCGACGUUACUUACCGUGUUUAUACUACAAAUUCCUUCGUUGGGUGCCGAGGCUGUCGGUGAUGGUCUCGACUGGUUGUUUACCAUCUUCAUUCCACACUAUUGUCUGGGGCAGGGACUCAACAACAUCUAUAACAACUACGCCAACCUCAAGACGUGCCAGGAUAUCAACUAUGAAGUGUUGUGUACGCUCAACAACACGCUGCCUUGUUGUACAGGAUGCACAUCCACCUGUUACGAGUUUAGUACCAACUACUUCGCGUGGAAGACUCCCGGGAUCCUGCGAUAUAUCAUCUUCAUGUUAUUACAAACCGUCUUCUUUAUAUGUAUCGUCCUCAUGAUAGAAUAUGGCGUCAUCAACCGACUGGUGUACUAUGUUUCAAACCGGUCUAAUGUGAUAAAUCCCAACGAGGAAGAACUGAUUGACGGAAACACAGAGGAUAGCGAUGUUAUGGAGGAACGAAAGAGGAUCCGCGAUACGCCUCUGGAUACUCUUUUGGAAACUGACGCUUUGGUUAUUAACAACAUUGCUAAGACUUACGGUAGCUUUAAGGCUGUGCGGGGAAUUAGUGUCGGUGUAGGCAGCCAGGAGUGCUUCGGACUGUUGGGACAAAAUGGCGCAGGGAAAACAACCACAUUUAAAAUGAUGACGGGAGAUGUGUUCGUUAGCAACGGAAACGCCUACCUCAACAAGUAUGAUGUCAAGCAGCAUCUAACCCAGGUUCAGCAGAACCUCGGCUACUGUCCACAGUUCGAUGCUCUGAUUGACCAGAUGACUGGCCGGGAGACUUUGACCAUGUACGCUAGACUCCGAGGAGUACCAGAGGAAGACAUCAAAUCUACUGUUAACGAUCUGAUCGACACGAUGAUGCUAAGGAAACAUGCUGAUAAGAACUGUGACGUUUACAGUGGCGGAAACAAACGGAAACUAAGCACGGCCAUUGCUUUGAUAGGCGACCCGCCAUUUGUAUUUCUGGAUGAGCCGACGACAGGAAUGGAUCCAGGUGCUCGACGAAAACUCUGGAAUGUGCUCUCUGACGUCAGGGCAAGGGGGAGGACGUUAGUGAUGACGUCACACAGCAUGGAGGAAUGCGAUGCGCUUUGUACCAAGAUUGUUAUCAUGGUCAAUGGAAAGUUUGUCUGUCUGGGAAGUCCACAGCAUCUCAAAAACAAGUUUGGACAGGGUUACACGCUGAUAAUACGGAUGACCGGAAGUGCAGGAGAACUGGUUUCCUCCACUCCCAUCAAAAACUAUGUCAUGGAAACGUUUCCCAUGGCGGAGGUGUUUGGUAACCACCAAGGCUACUUACACUUUCAAAUCAAAGACGCCAGCAUUCCACUGGCUAAGGUGUUUGAUGCUAUGGAACAGGUAAAGGAUCAGUUCAAUAUCGAAGACUAUUCUGUGAAUCAGACAACACUAGAACAGGUGUUCCUAGGAUUUACUAGAGACCAGACCGCUCCAUCAGACACCGGCAAAAUCAUUAGAUGUUGUGGAGUGUAUAUGUGUAAGAAUUAGUAACGUUCUGCAGAGUUCCAUACAACUGAACAAGACCAGGAUAUAUUGAUACUGUUACGUUGAGUAAUUAAUCACUGGUUGUUGUAAAAGCAGGGUAUAUUUCAGACGCAGGAUUUGAGGAUGUGUGAUGUGUUUGUAUGUGAUAAGCUGUUGUUUAACUUGUAAUAUUUGUCAAGUGUAAGACAAAGUGCGUUACAAUUAAGUGACAUAUGUUAAUGGUCGAUCGACAGUCACUUUAUAUAUAGUUAACGUGACAAUUUCUAUUUAAUCAUGUGGAUCAGUGUUUUUUUCUACUCUGAUAUAGUACACAGUGGGCUGUUCAAUGACAGCUGAGUUGAUAUAGCUGUUAACGGAAAUCGAAUGUUAAUAAUGUGUAAAGUAUGGUGAAAUAUCGAUUUCCUUUAAUUAAUAACUGUAGUUGACUUAUGGCACUUCAGCAUUAUAAUCAUAAACUAAGAACUAAUACUUACCAAUAUAACAUCAGAUUUAAUUGAUAAAUUAGCUAAUUAUAGAAAUGAUAGAUACUGUCUACAUCAGUACUCUUACAUCAUUAAUGAUCAGGCCAAAAUUAUCGUUGUUUGAAACGUAAUUUAGAAACAAAAACAUGUCAUUAAGAUGUUGAUUGAUUACUGUUGGUAUUGACACGUUAUAGUGUGUGCGUUACCCCGGUUUGGACAGCAUGACAAUGUGCAUUCUGGUCAACCCCGAAAUGUGUGUACACGCCUGUCGGUUAGUCAGUUUUUGCUUUAACUCAUUGUGAUAUUGCGUUUAUUGUUUAUUGUUAAUGCUACCAUACUUUGAUAUAAGCAUCAUUGUGAUAUUUUAUUAGAUAUUUCUAUUAUAUAUUGCAAAUAUAGUCAAUAAUUGGUCACAUCAGCUGUCGUGACGGCAAUGUAUCUGUGAUAACUUGUAUUUCUCGUGUUUACGAUUUUUUGUGUCAUAGAAAUAGAAGUUAUUUUAUAAAUAUUAUAUUUUUAUAUUGCUUUAGAGAGAGAGAGGGAGACAGAGAGACAGAGAGAGACAGAGAGAGAGAGAGGGGGGGGGGGGGGGGGUAUGCACUGUUCACAGUUGUGAUCCUCCGUCCAGUUUACUGUUAUAUUUAUACUAACCAAUACAUGUAGAUACUAAAAUUCCGAGCUCUGUUACUCUAUCACAAGGCCAUUGGUCAACCCCUUCAUGUUCGUGUCUUUUGUUACAGUAUCGUAUACAAUGUGACUUGUAUCUUUUCUCUCACUUACAGUAGCUUAAUGUCACAAGAUCAUUGUCUAUAGUAUACUCUCUUCAAAUACAACGGUAAACUUAAGUGUGUACCUUGUGAUCCUUUUUCAAAGAUACGAUAUAGUUACCAGAUUAUCUGCUUGCUCUUACUUUCUAGAUCUGUUAUGAAGCGUCAGUGUUACAUGACAGAGUUAUCUCAGAUAUAGUACUGUAUAUUGAUGGCUAAUAGUUAUGCUACCCAUUACUUAGGCGAUGUUAUUUACAGUAUGGAAGUACAAUAUAGAAGACUUACAUGAUUUUUUUUAUGUAUUCUUUUAAGCUAAAGUAUGACUUUCUGUUCGGAAGUGAAUUUAGCUGUAGGUUUAAAGGUUGGUAUACAUUAUGUUAGGAGGUAACGGACAGCAAUUAUUUUGCAGUGAAGCAUUUCUUAGUUCGAUGUAACGUUCUGUUUCGAAGUAAAAGACUCGGUAUGACGUUCUAUUUAGCGGUGAGUAGCUAGGGGAAUGCAGUAAAUCCCGCGGUGGACCACCACUAUUAGUAUCAUUGUAGUUUCGUGUUUAUUUGUAAUGGAAUAAGGUGAAUCAUUUCUAUUACUCAACUAGGACAAAAAAACGAAGUCGUAAAAGUUCAUUGCAAAUGUGUGAAAAUGGAUAAAAUAUAUAGUAAAAGUAUCAAACUGGCGAAUAAUACUUUGACCCUGGUUCUGUAUCUCUCUGUUUGGAGGUAACAGACUACGGUGAAUUUCACAGUAAAGUUUUUCUAUAAAGUUUAUAUUUUUCUGAUUGGAUAUAACAGACUACGGUGAAUUUCACAGUAAAGUUUUUCUAUAAAGUUUAUAUUUUUCUGAUUGGAUAUAACAGACUACGGCGAAUUUCACAGUAAAGUAGUUGGAGGUAACAGACUACGGCGAAUUUCACAGUAAAGUAGUUUGGAGGUAACAGACUACAGUAAAUUUCACUGUAAAGUAUUUCUAUAAAGUAUAUAUUUUUUUUUCUGAUUGGAGAUGCCAGACUUCGGUGAAUAUCGCAGUAUAGUAUUCCUAUGAAGUUUAUAUUGGUAUUUUUUCAGAUUGGAGCUAACAGACUACGGUGAAUUUAACUGUUCAGUAUUUCUAUUAAGUUUGUUUGUUUCUGUUUGAAGUACAGUGUACUAGACUUUAGUGGAUUUUUGCUGUGACGCGGGUUAAGUAGGAUAGAUAUGGUGCAUGUUUGUUCAAAUGUGUAUUUUAUCUAAUUGUUUGAUGUUGACUUUUAACGCUAUACUUGUUUCUUGUUUUUAAAUACUUACAUUGUUUGUCUGUUAAUUAAUAAUUUAUUAAAAAGUAAGAUCUCAA